AUGCCCAAGCACAUGCACGUUUGUAUCUCACAGCAGUCACAACAAGCCCUCACCAGGGUUUUGGGUGUGCGAGCCGGUCGUAAGUCUUCCGAGAAGCGCGAUCCCCAGGAAGACUGGGACAUUGCGACAGACGAAUACCUGCACAGGAUGGAGACUGAGGAGGCACAGGAAAUGUCCCAGAUAACAGCCUGUAAUAUAAAAGUUGAGGCUCGGAGUGACGAGGAAAACGGGCUGACCUGUGAGAUGAAUGGAGAGGAGGAGGAGGAAUGUGCAGCCGAGGACUUGCGUGUGCUCGAUGGCUCAGGGGCCAAAGUGAACGGCUCCCACGCAGGCCCUGACAGCAAGCCGGCCGCCUACCCCACGGCCGGGGGCAUCCGCCUCCCCAACGGGAAGCUGAAGUGCGAUAUCUGUGGGAUGGUUUGCAUUGGGCCCAAUGUGUUAAUGGUGCACAAGCGAAGUCACACUGACGAAAGAAAGUCAUACAGGUUUGGAAUGACAAACAGUAAGGGGGAAAGGCCAUUUCAGUGCAACCAGUGCGGUGCUUCCUUUACUCAGAAGGGUAACCUGCUCCGACACAUCAAACUGCACUCUGGCGAGAAACCUUUCAAGUGUCACCUGUGCAACUACGCUUGCCGCCGCAGAGACGCCCUCACCGGACACCUGCGCACUCACUCGGUUGGAAAACCUCAUAAGUGUGCAUACUGCGGUCGCAGUUACAAGCAGCGGAGCUCGCUGGAGGAACAUAAGGAGAGAUGUCACAACUACCUGCAGUGCAUGGGCCUUCAGAAUAGCAUUUAUACUGUGAAGGAAGAGAACAGCCAGAAUGAGCAGAGGGAGGACAUGCCUGCGUCUGAGAGAGCCUUGGUGCUAGACAGGAUAGCUAACAAUGUAGCUAAGCGUAAGAGCUCUAUGCCACAGAGGUUUGUGGGAGAGAAUCGUUUGUCGGAGCUGUCAUUCGAGGGCGGCUCAGGUGAGCUCAUGCAGCCUCACGUCAUUGAUCAGGCCAUCAACAGUGCGAUUAGCUAUUUGGGAGCGGAGUCCUUGCGGCCUCUGGUUCAGACCUCCCCUGGCUCCUCCGACAUGGUGGUCAGCCCUAUUUACAACCUCCACAAGACACAAUCAGCCGAAGGCAAUGGCGUGUCCGCUAAGGACAGCGCCGCAGAGCAUCUCCUUCUGCUGUCCAAGUCCAAAUCGGCCUCCAUGGAGAAGGAUGGCUCGCCCAGCCCCAGCGGCCAGGACUCUACUGACACCGAGAGCAACAACGAGGAGCGGGCGGCUGGGGGAGGCACGGCAGCAGCCGCAGGGGGUCUCAUCUACCUGACCAAUCACAUGGCUCCAGGUAUGCGUAACGGAGGUCUGCCAGUGGUAAAGGAAGAGCAGCAGCGGCAUUUCGAGGCCUUGCGGGCAGUGGGAAUGGAGCCGAGUAUGGCGUCAUCGGAGGGGUUUAAGGUGCUGAGCGGAGAGGGAGAAGAGUUGAGGGCGUACCGCUGUGUCCACUGCAGAGUUUUGUUCCUGGACCACGUCAUGUACACCAUCCACAUGGGAUGCCAUGGCUUCCGAGACCCGUUCGAGUGUAACCUGUGUGGUUACCGCAGUCAGGACCGCUACGAGUUCUCAUCGCACAUCACGCGUGGAGAGCACCGCUUCUAACACACAGAGACGUUCCACAUACGCUUGACUACACAUUCACUCACACACAACCGAUUCAACAUUUCAGGAUUUUUUUAGACACUGUCCAAACACUGGAUUUUUUUUUUUUUUUACAUUUCGUGUAACAUUGGUUUUUCUUUGUACAUACAGUUGCCUAUAUAUUUCGUUGUCUUGUCUAUUUUUCUACAAUUGUGUGACUUGUAUGUAGACUUU